AUGAGUACAUUUGACAAAAUAUAUCGUAGUGUAGUGCCAAUCAGGUUUUUCAGUGAAGGAUGGGGUGCUCCUGAUAUCUUGAUAAAGUUGAUAGAAAAUAUGAAAAUUGUGACUAAUCGAGAUAAGUAUUGUUCAGUGAACAUUAAGGCAGGCAUUCAUAUUGAAAAAAAAACUGAGAAAAAUCGCACUAUACAGAUCGAAGGGUCAUUCGUUUCUCCAUUCGAUUCAGUCAUAUCUAAUGCAUUAAGAGGUGAAAACAGGAUUGCAAGGUUCCAAAUGAUCAUUCCUAAGAAAUGGCCUACAAAUUAUCGCGCAGUUUGUGUACACUUUUCUGGCACCGGUGAUCAAAACUAUUAUAGGAGAAGAGUUUUUCUCGCUAAUAAUUUAAUAAAGGACGGAAUAGCUUCCAUCAUCUUGAUGAAUCCGUUUUACUCCUGCCGCAAACCCGAAGAUCAACAAGGUUCUAGUCUGAAUUCUGUUUCUGAUCUGUUCAUCAUGGGCGGAGCUUUAAUUAUGGAAUGCAGCGCAUUGUUAGAAUGGUGUGAGUGUAAUGGCUACGGACCAUUUGCACUUCAUGGAAUUUCAAUGGGUGGUUAUAUGUCAUCCCUGUGUGCAACCGUUUGGCCGAAACCUAUUUCCCUAAUUCCUUGUUUGUCUUGGACUUCAGCAUCAUGCGUGUUUUUAGAGGGUAUUUUAUCGAAUACAGUAGAUUGGUCUGUGUUAACAAAACAAUAUUAUUCUGAUUCUGUAUAUUCUGAUGUAAUCCGACCUCAAAUUCAACCACCUAUCCCGGAAUUUUGUAAAACAACUGAUGAAACUUCUAAUGAUAAUUUGGGUGACAGUCUACGAUAUUCACCCAUUUCAAUAAACUCUUUACAUUCAAAACACUCAAAUGCUGUAAAUGUUGCUCCUUUGGCUACAUUUUCAAAACAAUCGAAUUCACGUUUACAUCCUGUUAAAAGACAUUUUUUAAAAUCAUCAGACUCAAGUUUUCACGUUCGGGAUCUAUUGUCUCAGUUUAUUAAUUUAUCUAAUUCAACCUCCCAGUUAUCGUCAUCCCAUUCUAAUAAACACAGAUUUACUAUUGCUCAAAAGUUUCUUCCCAGCAUUAUAUACACUGGUCUUCCGAAUUCUUUGUCUUCAUUUAGUUUCAAUACAGUUUUUCGCUAUCAGUGGAAUAGUUCUCGAUGGCAUAAAGAAAUUUCAUUAUUACCACGUGCUUCUUUACCAAGUGUUAGUUUUCCGCGUACAGAUUCAUCACCAGAUCCAGAAGUUCGACAAUUUCUACGUGAUCUUCUAGAUUAUUUUACUCAUUUAGGGAAUUUUUCUCCAGUAAUAGAUUCUCGACUUGUUCUAUCUGUUGCAGCCGAAUAUGAUGCAUAUGUUCCAAGAGGUAGUGUCUGUUCACUCAAAAAAGUUUAUCCUAAUGGUGAAAUUCGUUUUUUGCCACAAUCUGGUCAUGUUGGUGCUUACGUGAAAAAUUCUCUUUGGACAAAUGAUUUCAGAAAAGCAAUAAGUGAUUGUUUAAAUCAACAAGUACAUUUAUAUCAUCAUGAACCUGGACCAUUUGGUCGAAUUAACGCAUCUCGUAAGAAUAUUCAACUUAUUAAACUCACUUUCUGCUCUCUGUUUUGUGUCUGGAGUGCCGGCUAUUUUAUUGUUUUCAGCUGUUUAAAAUCUGUAUUCGAUCUGUCAAUGUACGUAGUUCUCCUUAAAUCGGCUGGUGAUAAUGCUACUAGCAUCAGUGAUGACCCUUAUGUACAGAUAUUAAAAAACUCAGGUUUCAGCGUAGACUUACUGGAAACUCUUGAUUUCGAGUAUAACAUAUCAAAUCUUGCGGAAUACAAAAAUUGGAGGAGCAAUCACAGUUGCAUUAUUUUUAGUAGCCCACGUUCCGUAAUCUCUUGUGUUAAAGCUGGGCUAACAGGCAAUGAAAAUGACCUUUGUUUCGUUGUUGGUCCUAGCACUGAGUUACAAGCUAAAAAAGCUGGAUUUUCGCCUAAAGGAGCUGAUUCUGGUGAUGCGGAAAAGCUCGCAAGUUUUAUUUUGAAGCACUUUGCCUCAAAAUUGGAUAAACCUAUAUUUUUUCCAUCUGGGCAAGUACACCGAGACACACUACCGAAAGUUUUGGAAAAUGAAGGAAAAAAAGUAAAUACCGUUGUGGCUUAUUCGUCUGUAGAAAACACUGAACUUCAUGAAAAACUGCGAUUGAAUUUAUGUGAAGGAAAUCCUAUUCCUGAUUGUUUAGUAUUUUUCAGUCCCUCUGGCGUUUCAUUGACUGAAAAUAUAUUAUUAACCGAAAUUAAACCACAUCGACCAAAUAUUAAAGUGCCCGUACUGUUUCUAUCCAAAGUUUUUGAACUUGCGUUUUCAUCUAACCAGUUAAAUUUUAGCCCUGGUUUAUCCAUGAGGAUUAUUGGAAAUAACUACAUCAUGGUGAACAAAUAGUAUAUGGAAGCUAGUUUUCAUUGUAAACUGACAUCAAAUACCAAACACCAUAACACACCAACUUUAUGGAGGCAUACUAUCAGGUUUUCUUGUUAUACUAAAUCAGAACUUGAAGUUUAUCUUAUCGAGUCUUUAUACAUAUUUAGUUUGUGUUUAGCGUCAUCAUUUGCUAAGAUGUUCAUUACUACAUCGUGAUUCAUAAAUCUAUUCUCUCAUCUUAUGAGAUACAUAACCAGUUGGUUUUUUGUUUACUUAGUACUAAUAUAUCAUAUUUCUGUUUUAUUUUAUUUAUCAUGGAAAGUGAGUUAAAGUAGGGUUACCGAUAAGGUUUCAGGUUUUCUUUCAUAUUACAUUCAACAAAACAUCUGAAGAUUAGUUAGCCUGUAACACAACAUCUUGAAAAUUUGUGCAGUGUAUAUAGAGGUUAAAGUGGCUAGCUACGAAAAAAGAUCAGCUAGAGCAAACAAAAGUAUUUUUGUUCUCAUAGAAAUCUAUUCUGAUAGCUGUGAAUCCUGAGGACUUAAGGAAAGUAUUCAAAAUUCGUAACAGUUUAAAUGAUGAAUCAAUCAAAUUAUUAAGAAAUGUACAACUGUUUUAUGGAACUUCCAUAUUUCGCGAUAGAUGAUUGUUAAUUGGCUGUUGCGCGAAUGUUCAGUGCUGUUGUAUAAGGAAGAAUAUUUGUCGAGCUCAUGAAAAUAAUACGGUGAUGAACUGUCAGAAAACACGCAAAUUAGAAAAUUUCCCAGUGUUUCAUUUUGUCGUUAGAUGUAGUUUCUAAAAUUAUCCUCAUAACUAUCUGCUCGGUAUUCAAAUGAUCUAAAAUGUCAUCAAUUUGAGCUAUUAUGAAGAUACGAUCACAUAAGUUGGUGGAAAUCUUGUUCGAAUUAGUGAUCUCAAGAUUACUAAGCAAGCCAGGAAAUGUGAUCGCCUUUUACUCUCCGGUUUUAUAUCAUAAUAAUGAUAAGAACGCGAUCGCAGUCCAGGUUCUUUUGGCCUUUACUAUCAUUUCAGCUCUGGUUCAUUAACUUAGGUAUGUGACUAAUACUAUAAAUGGUUUUAAGUAAACAUAACUUAUCAAAAGAUAUAGGUAUAUGUGGUCAACCGAACCACGCUUGAUAUAUACAGCUCAGGCUUAAUGUCCAGCUGAUAAAAAAACGUAGUUGUGAAAGAAUCAAAUAUGUGACGAUCGUUAAAAGUAUCGUAAUUAUAGCACUAAGCUACGUUCCAUAGGCGUCGUCCAUAAACUUUCCUGUGCUUGCUUAGACUUAAACGGUCAAGUAGUCCUAUUAAACGUCACACUAAAAGAGUUUACUGUAACAUUAUUAUACAAAAUUACGUCAGUUAGUACUUGGUUAUUAUCUGAUAUUAGUACAUACUGAUUUAAGUUGUCCUAGAAAUUGUAUAUGACCUCCAUUGAAUUGUAUGAUUUUAUGUGAAAGUUUUAAAUUUCAUACAGUCUUAUUAAUAAUUACUUAUUUUACCUCGACUUUCUCUGCCAAUCAGUUGGUUGCUAUGGGACGCGCAACA